AUGUUAGGUAAGCAAGGUUGGAGUCUUUUGACGAAUAAUAAUUCCUUAGUGGCUCGGGUUUUUAAAGCCAGGUAUUACCCCCAUUCCUCGUUUCUUGAUGCUGAAUCAGGUGCUAAUCCAAGCUACGUGUGGCGGAGUGUUCUAGAGGCAAAAGUUGUGGUUAGGAUGGGUGCGAGAUGGCGUGUUGGAGUCAGUUUGUCUAUACCAGUUCUUAAUCAACCAUGGCUUCCUUGUAAGGAACAUUCGUAUGUUACCUCUUCUCAUGUGGCUCUCCAUGACGGUAAGGUCAAUACUUUAUUGAAAGUGGGCUCUCUUGAGUGGGAUGAGAAAGUUCUUCACGAUUUAUUUGUUCAAAGGGAUAUUGAUUUAAUUUGUUGCAUUCCGUUAUAUUCGUCUUCGGUUGAGGAUGAUUGGUAUUGGAUGUUGGAGACUCAUGGGGAUUAUUCUGUCAAAAGUACUUAUCGUGCCUUACAAGUCAACAAUGGUAGGUGGAAUACUCAAGACAAUUCGGGUUUUUGGAAGAUGUUUUGGAACUUGAAAUUGCCACCUAAGGUGAAUAAUUUUCUUCGGCGGGGUCUUACUAAUUGUCUCCCUACUCUUGUAUCUCUGCGGUCUAAAAGGGUGCAUGUGAGCGGAUUGUGUUCGAUGUGUAAUCGAGAGGAUGAGACAAUUUUUCAUAUAAUGGUUGGCUGUGCGUUUACUAAGAGUUGUCUGGACAUGGGGCUGGGAGGGACGGUUGGAGGGGGUGAAGCUGCUGUGUUUGGCAGCUGGUUUGAUAAUGUUUGUAAGGGUCAGUCUGUGGAUCGUAUUGAGAGGCUUGCUAUGCUUCUUUGGGGAGUUUGGGGAGCUCGUAAUGACUUGGUUUGGACCAAUAAGGUUUUGUCGAUAGAGAGGGUGGUGAAUGCUGCAAUUACUUACCUUGAUUCUUGGAAGAAGGCUCAGAUGGAAAGUAGAGUUGUGUCGCCAAUUUCUGGUCCGAAUACUUCUGGGUGUGAGCAAUGGGCUAAACCUUGUUUUGGUGAGAUAAAGGUUAAUUGUGAUGUUGCUGUCUUUGAGGAUGACAAUAGUCUUGGUUUGGGGUGGAUUGCUCGGGAUCAUAAUGGUUUAUUCAUUGAUGCGUUGGCGGUUAAAACUUAUGGUCAACCCGACCCGUUUUUGGCUGAAGCUAUGGCGUUGAAGGAGGCGCUCAGUUGGGUGAAGGGAAGGUGGGUAGAGGGGUCCUCUCUUUUGUUUCCUUUUUCAAUUAAUUUUGUUAAACGGUCCGGGAACCAGGCGGUUAACUUUUUAGCUCAUUCUUCUGGUUCUAUUCCUGGCUGUGUUUCUCGCGGGGGUUAG